GCCGCAAGACUUCCGAGAGCAGCCGCGUCCGAUGCAAAGAGGCAACUUAUGCGGGGGAAACUAACACCGCAGACCGAGUGAAAUGUUUCUAACUCACCGGAACGACCUCCAGCUAAACACCACCCGGGACUAAACAGAAGAGUUGAAGCGGAAGUUGGGUCGCUGCCGCCGCUGAGUGAACGCAGGCGGCCAAGAUGGCAGAGUACCUGGCGUCCAUUUUUGGGACAGAGAAAGAUAAGGUCAACUGCUCUUUUUAUUUUAAAAUUGGUGCCUGUCGACAUGGAGACCGCUGCUCCAGAUUGCACAAUAAGCCAACUUUCAGCCAGACAAUUGCCCUCCUGAACAUUUACCGGAACCCCCAAAACAGUGCCCAGUCUGCCGAUGGACUCACCUGUGCCAUCAGUGACAUGGAGAUGCAGGAGCACUAUGACGAGUUUUUUGAGGAGGUCUUCGCAGAGAUGGAAGAAAAAUAUGGAGAAGUGGAGGAGAUGAACGUAUGUGACAACCUCGGGGACCACCUAGUCGGAAAUGUGUACGUAAAGUUCCGUUAUGAAGAGGACGCUGAGAAGGCCGUGAUUGACCUGAAUAACCGGUGGUUUAACGGGCAGCCCAUCCAUGCUGAGCUCUCUCCUGUCACAGACUUCAGAGAAGCUUGCUGUCGCCAGUAUGAAAUGGGGGAAUGUACUCGUGGUGGCUUCUGUAACUUCAUGCACCUGAAGCCCAUCUCACGUGAACUGAGGAGAGAGCUCUACGGGCGCCGGAGGAAGGGCCGUCAUCGGUCUCGUUCCCGAUCAAGAGAGAGACGAUCUCGCUCCAGAGACAGAGGUCGGGGAGGUGGUGUUGGAGGAGGAGGAGGAGGAGGUGGUGGUGGUGGAGGAGGAGGAGGAGGAGCAGGAGCAGGUGGAGGAGGAGGUGGCCGUGACCACGAGAGGCGUCGCUCCAGAGACAGAGAGCGUUCAGGGCGAUUCUGAACCUCCGGCCAUGACUACUUGUCCUUCCCUCUCCGUAUCAGUCUUUUUUUUAAGUUUGUAUCCUCCAAGAUGUAUUCUGGGACUAACAGACAGGUACCCGCUCAUGAAGCUGUGACAGCAUUGACACCCUUGUUUUUUUUCUUGAUUUCACCUGAUUAAAUUGAACAUUUUUACUUA